AUGGCGUCUUCUUCACCAUGGCAGGUGAGAAGCUCGGAAAGAAUCUACAUUGCGCUUCUACUUGUCUGUCUCUUUUACAUCCUACUAUCCAGCGGCAUAUUGAAACAUGCCGAAGCAAUCGUCAGGCCUGCCUGGAAAGCUCCUACGUUCGGCGAAUCCUCGAAUGAUAUCGGUGAUGACGUGGAGGAAAACGGCUCGGCUGUUCUCAAUGUCAACCUUGGUGAAGAGAAGGAUGAAUUGUUAUCACUCCCAACCGUGGCAGAUUUGAAUGAAGAGAAAAUGGAUGCGGUAGGGCCGUACAUCGCCGCCAUAAUGGACCCAAGCAACACGGAUUUCGACCGCCUUCAAUGUCCCCGGCCUCUCAAGGACCGAUAUAAGAUGUUGCGUCCGAAAGAGAGCCUCCCUCACGAUACCCAUAAACCACGGGGGAAACGGUACAUUUUCGCACUCAACCUAUACCAGUGUGCUUACGUGCUCCCCCGCCUUUUGGGAUCGGUUGUCGAAGCCAUGCGUUUUCUCGGUCCGGAAGACUGCGUCCUGUCCAUUGUCGGUGGCCGCUCCGACGAUGGUACAACAGAGAUACUGGUCGCACUGGAGGACGAGGUCGCGGCCUUGAAUGUAACCUACUACUUCCGGACGAGUGACAUCGACCCCCUGGAAAAAGGUCGCGAUCGGGUGACCCAGCUCGCAAAGCUGCGGAAUUUGGCACUGGCUCCGCUCAUAACCCAGCAAGACAAAUAUGCAAAGGAGACGUCUGUUAUCUUCUUGAACGACGUGUCCAUCUGCACGGAUGACAUCUUGGAACUCGUUUAUCAGAAACAGCACCAACGGGCGGACAUGGUAUGUGCCAUGGACUGGAACAACAACGGAGACACCUUCUACGACUCGUGGAUCGGCCGCAGCAUGAACGGCGACCUGUUUGUGGAGAUCCCUCAGAGCGGAUCGUUCGAGUUCUCUCGCAACCUGUUCUGGAAUGACGAAAAGGCCCGCACUCAUGUUGACGACAAGCUUCCCCUGCAAGUCUUUUCCUGCUGGAACGGCGCCGUGGCGUUCAAGGCAGAGCCUUUCCUGACGCACAGCAUCAGGUUUCGCGCGGCCUACAAGGGCGAAUGCUAUGCCGGCGAGCCGACAUUGUUCUGCAAAGACAUGUGGGCCCUGGGGCUCGGCCGGAUCGCGAUGAUCCCGAGUGUCAACGUCGGAUACAACGAUGCACAAUCGCGAGAGGUUAAAGCAAAGCACGGAUACGCUUCGGGAAAUGUCCAACAGACGGAACAUGAUAUGGGACUGUCGACAGAGAUCGAAUGGCAGAACUCACCCCCUCAGCUGGUCAAGUGUCAGCCUGAUUGGACACAUUCUUCAUGGGCACCGUGGGAUGAGGCAGUCCGGGAACAUGUUCCCUUUGACUGGUCGCGAUCGGGAUAUUUCAAUGCCAAAAAGCCCUUUGAUAAGGAGCUGGAGUUUGAGAACGACGGGAAAGAUGAGGUGGAGGGCACCACGGUACGCUGGAGACGGUGGCUUGGGCGUCUCAGAUGA